GCUUUACGGCAGCGGGAGGGUUUGCGACGGCCCCGCUUUACGGCGGAAGCGCGGGGGACAACGGCCGUCGGAUCCGGACCCCGCCGGGCGAUGGGAAGAUGCCCCUGAACGUGAAAUGGCCUUUCCCUUCCGUCCCUCCGCUGCCCUGGACUCUGGCGAGCAGCAUCGUCAUGGGGUUGGUGGGCACCUACAGCUGCUUCUGGACCAAGUAUAUGAACCACCUCAUGGUGCACAACAAGGAGGUGCUGUAUGAGCUGAUUGAGAACCGGGCCCCGGGAACCCCCCUCAUCACCGUCUCCAAUCACCAGUCCUGCAUGGACGACCCUCACCUCUGGGGAAUCUUGAAGCUGCGACAUAUCUGGAACCUGAAGCUGAUGCGGUGGACCCCCGCUGCAGCAGACAUUUGCUUCACCAAGGAGCUGCACUCUCGCUUCUUCAGCCUGGGCAAGUGUGUCCCCGUGUGCCGAGGGGACGGGGUCUACCAGAAAGGGAUGGACUUCAUCUUGGAGAAACUUAACCAUGGGGACUGGGUCCACAUCUUCCCAGAAGGGAAAGUGAACAUGAGCCAGGAAUUCCUGCGCUUUAAAUGGGGAAUCGGGCGCCUGAUUGCUGAGUGUCGCCUGAACCCAGUCAUUCUGCCUCUGUGGCACGUAGGGAUGAAUGAUGUCCUCCCCAACGCUCCGCCAUACUUCCCCCGCUUUGGACAGAAAAUCACAGUGCUGAUAGGGAAACCAUUCAGCGCCUUGCCCGUGCUGGAGCACCUCCGGGCCGAGAACAAGUCGGCGAUGGAGAUGCGGAAGGUCCUCACCGACUUCAUCCAAGAGGAAUUUCAGACGCUGAAGACGCAGGCCGAGCUGCUUCAUCACCGCUUUCAGCCCCAGAGAUAGUGUAGCUGGGGCGGGGCCGGACGGGGCAAAGAGCUCAGAGCCUGGCCUUGCCUCACGCCCCAUUGUCCCCCCGCCCCCAUCCCCGGAGGUGGCGGGAAGGAGGUGGGGGCCGUCUUCUUCCCCCGACCCCAUCGCAGGAAAGAGAACCUCGACUUCUGGAAGUUGCUGGAGCACAUCCUAUUGGCGGCGGGUACGAGGAGGAGGCGGCGGAGGCUGCUCGGAGCUCCCACCUGCAGGAACCCAUGUCGAUGCCCAUCCCCGGUUCAUCCCCGGAGGCUGUGCCCACCGCUCACUUGGGUGGCUGUGCCCGAGAGUCGGGGAAGAUGGCAUUGGGCUGCGGAUAAAUGAGGUUUGAUGCUUUUAGACGGUUUUGAACAUUGUCACGGUUCCCUCCCUUCCCUGUCCAGCGACAAGGGUUUAUUCCUCAUUUUUGUAACAGAGUGGCAGACAGGUACCCACCGCCCCCUCCCUCAUGUGCCAAGAGCUCUGGCUCCCUGUGGAAUCACUAGAGGGCAGCUCCCGACAAAACAUAGGGUGCCCUACAAAAAUGGAAGCUUCCCUUAAGCUUCUUAACCCUGUGCUGGGGCAGGGUUCGCUUUUCUUUUUAAUUCCGAUGUCGUGGAGGGAACGGCUGGAGUUGGGAAGACCCCUGAAGCAGAUUCUGUGCCAUGGUGGCUCAACAGCCCCAACUGUUUCCCGAGCUGAGAUUUCGGGGAGGCCCCCGGUAGGCUCGAGGUUGAUAAGGCCAUCAGAGGCUCAGGCCGUAUCGAGUUGAUGGACUCACUGAGCGCUGACCCUCCCGGCGUCACCAUCUGUGUCCAGCCAGGGGCUUGUAGAAGUUGGCUACAGCACCCUUUUUAUCUAGACUUUUGCUCCCCAGAACCUGAGGUCUUUUGGAGGGGAAGUUUGGGCAGAGCCUCAUCUUUCUCCCGUUGGGUAAGUUGGAGGAGAUCCACUAGUCAACUCUCAGGCCCCAUUUUCCCCCUUAGGUCAGCUGUGGAUGGCUCUCCUCCCCCACUAGCCCUCCUGAGACAAUGGCAAGAGCCCAGCCCAUGACUGUAAUGGGUGGAUGAGCACGCCCUGGCCCCUUUUGUUCCCCAUGUCAAUAAGACCUUUUCUCCCCUCACCUCUUUACUGACUGGGGCAAUUAGGAGCAGAGGCCAAACUCCAUGUCCGGCCUGGACGCUAGGCUAUGCACCUGUUUGAUGCCUGUGUAUUUUGAUACUUUUUCCAAUAAAGGUUAUACCCAUUUCCUGCU